AUGACUGAAUGUAGAAUUGUAACAUUCGACCCAUCAAAACUCAAAUCGUCGGAAUUCGAUCCAGAACACGGAAAAAACGAACAAUGUCAUGAUUCUUCAAUGUGUAAUGGCUCAAACGAACUUGAAGAUAUUGAUCUGCUCAGAGAUAUUUUUUUCAACUUAAAGACAAGCUCAAGGACCGACUGGAGUAAUAUAAACAUUGAAAGAAGACAUGAUUUUAAAUUUUGGGCAGAUGUUACACACAAUUUUGGAUUUGAUAUCUUGAAGUCAGUGUUUAGCAUUGGUACCUCUUAUUGUGACAAUUACAAUUUUGUAAAAUACCAUAUUAAAACUGUUUUUGGAGAUGAAUUAUCCUCAACUCCAAAUUACACUCUUACUCUGAGAAAUGAAGUUGCAUUUCAUCUUCUAAGUGGAAUGAUUGAGAAUAGAAUUCCGGGUUCUCUAAGACUAAUUGUCAGGGGAAACGGUUACUCAUUUUUUGAAAACAGAAUAAAUGAUCUUUUAACGUCAAAAGUUAUUAAUCAUGAAGCCUUAUGCUAUAAUAUGAACGCGUUAAUGGCUUUGUUUCCUUACCUACUCGAAUACAAAUCUGUAAACUUAUGGCAAAUGUGUUUCCGCUUUGUUUCAUCAAAGUUAUGGAAGUACAUGUGGUAUAACGUCGGAAUAAAACUCAAAUCAAAUCAUGAAGAACCUGUGGAAAAAAUGUUUUACACUUUCCUGGAGCUUUCAACAGUUUACUUUUACGGGGCCAGAGGUCCUGGGUUUUUGAAGAAACUACAUUCGUCAUCCACAUGUUACUUGUGGAAUUCCAUAAUACCUUUGAUUUCCUGGAGUAUGGAUAGGAGAAUUUUGUGUAAAAUCGUUACUUUCGUUUCUGACAUUUUACUAUUGACAAUCUCUGACAAAUGUCUGGAUAAAGUGCCUAGAGAUGUUUUGAAGGCUCUAAAACAUAACGUGAAGAGAUCGCUGGAUAAAGGAAUUUCAGAAGGUUUUAACAUACCAGAGGGUAUUUCAAAUGUCGAAUUUAAGAUCUAUCAUUCUAAUAUUUGUGUUGGAAUGUUAGAAAGACUUUAUCAAGUUUUACAAGCUAAUCCUGGGGAUUUAGUGGGAAAAGUGCACUUAAUUUAUGACCUUUCAUCACUAUCCUCCUCCAAAAUCACAGCUCCCUACAAAUGUAAAAAUAUUUUUGAACCAAUAAAUGAAGAAAAAGUAAAUUUUUCUCCCACUAAGAUAUUUCCAAGAGUAUUGCCCUGCUUCAACUAUGAAUGCUCUAGGGUUUAUCAUUUAGAUCUCCCACAGAUUCAUCUUGUAAACAACGAACAAGUUAAUUUUUUUUACUGCAAAAGGUGUGGAAUACCAAGCUACUGUAGUGAACGCUGUUUUGAUGAACACUGGCAGAUCUCUCAUAAAGAGGUACAUUUUCCCCCAAAUCUGAUUUUCAAAUACUCUCAACGUUACAAGAUGCCAAUUUUGGAUCCUUAG